UUUCGCUGGUCGCUGGUUUCCAACUCUCCCUACCCAAAUAUUUCCGUAUUCGUGUCUGUGCCACCGCUGCAUCUGCACCUCUGCUCUUUUUUGUUGACACUCGGCUCAGGGUCCUUCAUUUCCUUGCUGCUGCUGCUGCUGUCAUGCACACACGAGGCCCGUCAUCGUCAUCAUCGUCAACAAAAACAAUAAGCACAUCAGCGUCAUCCCCAACGACGCCGCCACCAAGAAAAACAUCGUCACCGCCAUCAUCGUCAACAACAACAGCAACAACAGCAAAAAGCACAUCAGCGUCAUCCCCAACAUGACCGCCGGAGACGGCGGCACCAUGGUCAGGGGGAAAAACGACCUCGAGGCGGCCAUGGCCUCGCACCACGCCUCCUACCCGGGCCCGACGCUGCUGCCCUCGCCCGUCGCCCACGCCGUCACCCUCGCCGCGCGCUCCACCAGCCUCGCCAUCCGCCUCUCCUCCAUGGUGGGCGCCUACUCCCUCGACGCUGCGCGCCUCACCACGCUGUCCAGCCUCGAGCUCGCCCGCGGCAUGGUCGAGGGCGUGCUCGCCCGCGCCGCCGGCGACGUCCGCUCCGGCUCCGCCCCGGGCGCCUCACCGGCAUCAUCAUCGUCGUCAUUGUCGUCACGUCUCGCCGCGGCCGCCGAGGCCGAGUCCCUCCUCGAGCGCAGCCUCGACGGCCUGCACCGCGCCGUCGCCACCGCCGUCUUCUGGACCUCGGCCGGCUUCCGCCUCACCGGCACCACCCUCGCGGCUGCCAGCGGCGCCUCCCAGCUGCUCCUGUCGUCGCUCGACCAAAUCUUCGGCUCCACCGACUCGUCGCGCGCCGUCGCCGGCGUCAUCGCCCUCGCGCGCCGCGAGUUCAACAACCCGGCCACGGGCGCCGCGGGCGAAAAGGUCGGCGUCGUGGACCUGGUGCUCGCCCUCGCCGCGCUGGCGUACCUCCAGCGCGCGUGUCGGCGGCUGCCGGCCGAGGAGCAGCGCAGGAGGGCCUGCGAGGAGAUCAUCUGGGACGUCGUCGUGCUCAGCGACGGCGAGCGCGUCGACGUCCAGGAACAGGAUGAAAGGAUCGUGGACCUGUCCGACGGCCGAGGAGGAGGAGGAGGAGGAGGGGCGGUCACCGGCGGGGACGGUUCGAGCGACAUGCAGGACGAUGAGGCCGUCCUCGCGCGGCUCAAGAACCACGUCGUCUCCUCCCUCGCCCCGGGCACGACCGUCUCCAUCUCCAGCUCCGUAUCCUCCGUGCAGACCAUCACCGUGGACGUCGAGGGCUCGAACCUGCCGUCCUUGCCAACACCGCCUGGGGCCGAGAUCGUCGAGACGCGAGGUCCGUCGUCCCAUGGCCUCGUGCCCGACGCCGCGAACCAUCGCCCGUGGACACCGCACGGCCAUCGUCACCAUGACUCGUACCGCGUCGUGUACCGGAUCGAGCGGGACAGGUUCCGCUCGACAUCGCUCCGCGGCGAAGAGGACGAGGAGUCGGGUCGGGCAGUCGUCGAGGUGACGGGCGAUGACCAGGCGAGCAGCCCCUUGCCGGCCGAGAGCAAAGCAUCACCAUUUCAUGGCAUCGAGCACAAGCCGAGCCACUCGUCUCCCCCAUCGCUGUCGACCUUGGUCACCACUGAUGGCCAUGUUCCCGACAGCGACCCAGACUCAAUUGCCUCGACGCCCGCCAUUAUCGAGGCGUCCACCGGUGUGCACGACGGCGGCAACCGCUCCAGUACCAGACAGACGUCACAGCCUACCCAGUCAACUUCGCAUAAUGAAACCGCUGCAAACCAAAAGAAGCAGCGGUCUCCCCUCACGCCGCCACCGUCCUUCUCCCGCACCAACGUCGAGAAAGCUCGUCCGCCCCUCGACGCGGGUAAACGAUCAAUGUCCAAGAAGAAGGGCGAGUCCGUCGCGGCGCAAAAGUCAUCGGACAGGAAGACGACGGGCUUCAAACAAGUCCUCAAGGGAUCCAGCCAGUCCCUGACCAACAUUUGGAAUAAGGAGUCUCCAAGCCUCGACGCAACUCGCCCUCCCAAGACCAAGCCGCAGUGGAAGGGAGCCGGCGGCGCCGACCUUGCACACAUCGCGAAGCCCAAACCCGCGUCGACGUCGCGAGUCCCGACACAGCAAGCGCAUCGCGAGGUCGGGAAACGGAACCUUCAGACGCCUGAGCCCAUACCGGGACGCAGUUCAUCUCGCGCCAGCUACGUGUCUAUUCACGACCGGCGCCGCGACUCCAUCGUUUCUCUGACAGAUGCCUUUUCCAUCCACAGCAAUGGCGAGAUGCGGCCCGCCUCGCCAACUAUUGUACGCACCGAUUAUUCCACGCAGGAGUCCAGCACGCGUCCCCGCAGCGGCAUCUACUCGGGCGAGGGCGUUGCGCCGCCCGGGUCGCCGCACAAGGCACGCGGCGGGCACUGGCGGUCCUCAUCGUACGCGCCAAGUCUGUACAGCCUAGCGACCAACGACUCGCAGUCAUCGCUGGUGCUUUCUUCAUACUACCAGAAGAGCGCGUACCACGCGUCCGACGCGCUGGCGACGCUCCGGCGCGAGGGCUUCGUGGACGGUGCGUUCCCAGAAGGCCACUUGCUGCCCAACAUGGCGCGCUACAUGCGCUUCUCAUCGGCGUGCUACGGCUCGCGCUUCCUCAAGGUCAUGGGCAUCUCGACGCAGGUCCCCGUGCCAGGGGUGUCGGACGCGGCGACGCACCACGACGUGCGGCACUUUGUCCACCACACCGAGUCGGGCGCCGACAGCAUCCUGCUGGCGUCGUUUGUCGACCCGCAGGGCGGCGCGGACGCGAGCGGCGCGACGGGGACGGGCGUGCCGCUCGUGCACUACAUCUCGCUCGACCACGGGGCCAAGGCGGUAGUGCUGGCGUGCCGCGGGACGCUCGGCUUCGAGGACGUGCUGGCCGACAUGACGUGCGAGUACGACGACAUGAUCUGGCGCGGGCGGCGGUACAAGGUGCACAAGGGCAUCCACGCGUCGGCGCGGCGGCUGCUGUACGGCGACGACGGUCGCGUGCUCGUCACCAUCCGCGAGGCGCUGCGCGAGUUCCCCGACUACGGCCUCGUGCUCUGCGGGCACUCGCUCGGCGGCGGCGUCACCUCGCUGCUGGGCGUGAUGCUAGCGCAGCCGAACCCGGACGGACCGGGCUUUGUUAUAUCAGCCGAGCCGCACACCGGCCGUCUCGUCGGGGGCGGCGAGCCGUGGCCAGCCUCAUCAUCAGGGGCAACCGCCGCCGCCGCCGCCGCCGCCGCCGCCAGCCGCUGCUCAAGCGACAUCCGCCUUCCCUCGGGCCGGCGCAUCCACGUGUACGCGUACGGCUCGCCGGGCGUCAUGGCGCCGCCGCUGCGCAAGCUCACGCGCGGGCUCAUCACGAGCGUCGUCCACGGCAACGACCUGGUGCCGCACCUGUCGCUGGGCGUGCUGCACGACACGCAGGCCCUGGCGCUGGCGUUCAAGAGCGACGAGAACAAGACCAAGGCCGACAUCCGCGCACGCAUGUGGAACGCCCUGCGCACGCGCUGGACCGCCACGGCCCCGGGGGGCUUCUACAUGAGCGGCGGCGGCGGCGGAAGCGGGCUGGGGGGCGAGACGGACGAGGAGUGGCUCGCGCCGGCGCUCGACGCGCUGCGCCAGGGCAUGAGGAACCCCAAGCUCGUGCCGCCGGGCGAGGUCUUCGCCAUCGAGACGCAGCGCGUGCUCCGGCGGGACGCAUUUGUGCUGCCCGACGACGGGCCCGUGGGGCGGCCGGCGAGACGCGUCGUGCUCAAGUACGUUCGCGAUGUCGAGGCCCGCUUCGGCGAGGUGCGCUUCGGCACGGGCAUGCUGACGGACCAUAACCCGGCCAAGUACGAGGAGGCGCUCAACAUGCUGCGGCUGGGGGUCGUGUAGGUGUGCUGCUAUCGAGUCGUACGCGGCUGGGCGUGCUGGCUGGCGGGAGGAGGAGGGACAGGGAGGGACUGGACAGCUGGCGGCCGGCUGCCCGCCCACUCACCCACCCACCACCCACACACACACACACAGUGAUUCACUGCUCUCCCUCUCAACCCGCCCCAUCAAGCAAACAAACACCUAGUCCCUUAUAUGCUCCGAUACCACUCUUGGCUCUCAACAGUCAGCGGCGAGGACGGCCAUUUACUCAGAACGGCCUAGUCGUUGGGUGCAGGGAGCGCUGCCCCUUCUCCCGCCUGCCAAGGUCGUCGGUUCGACCCGUCGCCUUGGCAGGCGGAGCUGGGUUCGCCAAGCAAGGGCUACAAGGAGUGAGAUCCUUCUGGGGUGUUUACUUCGGUCCUGGGGAGGGGUGGGGCUUCCGCCAGUUUCUUUUUUUUAUUUUUUGUUUUUUUGGCACCUCUGUCUCGGUGGCGGUUCGGCGCCUUGGAGGAUAAGGCUAUGUGCGAUGAUGAUGAUGAUACCACUGUAUAACGAAUGCACGAUACGUUGACGACAUCAGAUGGGAUAGAUAUACGAAGUCACAAGAGCGAGAACAAUUUCAUGCAUAUAAAUCUAGCUAUUCAUAGAGCGCCCGUGUGCCAGAGUCGAUGACGCCUUCACAGACCAAGAUGGUCAGGAGAGGCAGACUUGGCCUCUUGCCAGAUAGAAAUGAC